ACAGGCCUGCACAGAACAGACUUCGAUUUAUUAAUAAAACAGAAAAAACUAAAAAAACCUAAAAUUAUUUUGUGAAAUUUUUUUGUUGCUUUAUCCGUUUGUGAUCAUAGACAGUUAAUUUUUAAAAAACCUAUUCAAAAUUCUAAGUUUUAUAAAUUAUUCUCAAGAUGAAGCACAUGAAUUGCAAGACUUUCCGAAGCGUUCUUAGCUUGCACCGCGCCAGUCGCAUGAUUAAUAUCCGUUUUGCAUGUGACGCUACGACUACUGGAAAGGGUUUGGUGGUUGGUGUCUAUUUAAAGGAGGGUGACAAGGACCCAAAGUUGACUACUUCUGGAGAGAAACUCAAUGACCGCACAAACGGAAAACUGAAGCAGCUGAUCUGCGAGACGAGGGUAGAUGGUCGGCUAGGACGUGGCCGUGUUUUUAACAAUAUUGAUCCUGACUAUAGCUCUGUGGCCGUGGUGGGUGUGGGUAUUGAAGGAAUUGGCUUCAAUGAGCUCGAAAUGUUGGACGAAGGCAUGGAGAAUGUACGCGUGGCCGCUGGUGUUGGUGCGCGGUCUUUGCAGCAACAAGGCUGUCACUUAAUCGCUGUAGAUGGCAUGGACUAUGCAGAACAAGCAGCAGAAGGCUCUACUCUGGGCGUAUGGCGGUUUACUGAUAAUUUGAAUAAAAAGAAUAGGAUUGUUACGCCGCGAUUGGAGCUUUAUGACUCAUCCGACAUGGAUGGUUGGAUGCGAGGCGUUUUUAAAGCUGAAUCGCAGAACUUGGCUAGGCGCCUUUCAGAUGCGCCAGCUAAUUGUAUGACGCCAACAAUGUUUGCUCAAGCCACAGUGGAUGCUCUUUGUCCAUGCGGCAUUACCGUUGAGGUUCGUACCAUGGACUGGAUCGAGAUGCAACGUAUGCAUGCCUUCCUUAUGAUUGCCAAGGGUAGCUGUGAACCACCAGUGCUACUAGAGGUCAGUUAUUGCGGAACUAACCCUGACGAUAAACCAAUUCUGUUUGUCGGCAAAGGCAUUACAUUUAAUUCUGGUGGUAUUAAUCUGCGACCAUGCCGCAACAUGGAUGAAUAUCGCGGUAGCAUGUCUGGAGCCGCUGCUAUCAUUGGUAUGAUGCGUUGUAUUGCAGCUCUCUCGCUGCCAAUUAAUGUUACUUGCGUUAUACCUUUAUGCGAGAACAUGCCCUCUGGCAUGUCGGUAAAGCCGGGUGAUGUUGUUACCAUGCUGAACGCCAAAUCAAUGGCCAUACGUGACGUAGACAAGGCUGGUGUCGUUGUGAUGGCUGAUCCCCUCAUUUAUGGCCAGGUCUCCUACAAACCUCGCCUCGUUGUGGAUGUGGCCUCGAUUGGCAAAGGUGUAAAGAACGCAUAUGGUGGUGGCGCUUCCGGUAUCUUCUCCAACUCGCACUAUGUGUGGAAACAAUUCCAACGGGCAGGAUCAUUAACUGGUGACCGUAUGUGGCGCAUGCCACUUUGGAAUUACUAUAAAAAUCAAGUUACGGACGAGACUGGCUACGAUGUGAGCAAUGAUGGUCGUGGUCAAGCUAGUUCCUGCUUGGCAGCCGCUAUCCUACAUGAGCUGGUACCAUGUGCCGAUUGGGCCCACAUCGAUACCCGUGGUACAGGUUUGUUGACAAUGUAUGGGAUUAUACCUUAUCUGACCGCACGUUAUAUGACUGGACGUCCAACAAGAACUCUGGUACAAUUCGUUUACCAGAUGGCAUGUCCUGAGAUCAAGUAAUGUCAAUGAAUGUGUUUGUGAUGGUUAUUUUCAUCUGUUUUGAAGUUGAGAAGUGAAGCCCUAUAGCGUUGAAUUAUUCUGUAUAAAAACCGUUCAUUGCCAUAAUUGUGUGAUUAUGGCAUCGAAAGUUCAUGGCUGCUUAGUGUCCUACAAUAGGACUAUAUUAAUGUAUCUAUAAUAAUAUAUCAUUAUCUCCUGGACUCUAAGCUGCUUCUUCAGAAUAUAUUCCUCUUGAAUAUUUACAGAUACACACAUUGUUAAUAAAAUGGCAUUUUGCAUUAAA